AUGACGGAGGCAGCAGGUGUUCAAUGCAAUGGCGAUGCCAUCCGACGAAUGAGUACAACUGGUGGUGGUGUCUAUGCUCGGCAGAGGCCCGCGAGCUCUAGACCUCCAAGUCUCUCAAGGGGUAGCACCAAGUCGAAAGGAUUCGAUGAUGAUGAUGAUGGCCAGGAUGAAUAUGUGGACGAUCGUGACUUGAAGCAAAAGCAGGCCUUUAAAGGUUGGUACCUAUUAUGGCUUGCGUAUCAAUCCACCGGAGUCAUAUAUGGUGACAUUGGUACAAGCCCACUCUAUGUUUAUUCAUCGACCUUUGUCAGCGAUCCUACCUAUGAUGACAUCCUCGGCGUACUCUCACUGAUCAUCUGGAGCAUCACUUUAAUGGUCACUGUCAAGUAUGUUCUUAUUGUGCUUCAUGCAGACGACGACGGCGAGGGAGGUACUUUCGCUCUCUAUUCGCUUCUCUCCCGCUCUGCAAAUAUCAUUAAGCGCAAUCCUCUAGAAGAAGCGACCGUGAAGAUGGAGAGGGUUCUCUCCGCAGAUUUGCCAUUCGCUAACAAGAGCGCCCGGAACUUCAUCGAGCGAAGCAGAAUAGUUAAAUUCCUUCUCAAAGUAACCGGCGUUUUUGGAGUUUCUCUGGUUAUGUCUGAUGGCAUCCUCACACCUGCUCAAUCUGUUCUUGGCGCAAUCCAAGGCUUAAGGGCGGUGAGGCAAGAUAUCACAAGCUCGACUAUCGUCGGCGUUUCUUGUGCCAUUUUAGUUCUCCUCUUUCUAAUGCAACCAUUUGGCACAACAAAAAUCGCCAGUUCCUUCGCCCCAAUCGUCAUAAUUUGGCUCCUGCUUAACCUUGCAUUUGGUAUCUAUAAUCUUAUUGUACACGAUUCAUCCGUUCUUAAAGCCUUUUCUCCAUAUUUUGCCGGCUGGUACCUUGUGCGCAACAAGACCGACGGUUGGAGUUCUCUAGGUGGCAUUUUGCUUGCCUUUACAGGUGUUGAGGCUCUUUUUGCUGACCUUGGCGCCUUUACGAGACCUGCUAUUCAGCUAUCCUGGUUAUGCUUUGCAUGGCCCUGCCUUCUACUAGCAUACAUCGGCCAAGCAGCUUACAUCAGUCGCAAUCGGGAUGCCUGGACUAACCCAUUUUUCAACUCAGUACCACCGGGCAUGUUCUAUCCCAGCUUGGUAAUUGCAAUUCUCGCCGCUAUCGUGGCAAGCCAAGCGAUGAUCACCGCCGUUUUCCAACUACUUUCACAGAUCAUGAAACUUUCGUACUUUCCACAGAUCAAGCUCGUUCAUACCUCCAAGAUAUUCCGGGGUCAACUUUAUAUUCCGUCUGCGAAUUGGUUGAUGAUGGUGGGGACAAUUAUUGUGACUGCAGUAUACAACAAUACCACAAGACUGGGCCAUGCAUACGGUUUUUGUGUGAUCCUUGUUACAUUCAUUACCACCACGAUGGUCGCACUUGUCGCUCUGAUCGUGUGGCGUCUCCAUUUAAUUGUGGUUAUAACCGGCUACAUUGUCUUUGCAGCUCUAGACGGACUCUACCUCUCGUCUUCGGCGACCAAAAUCCCGGAUGGUGCAUGGUUUACUCUCGUCCUUGCCUUCGUUCUGUCGAGUGUUUUCAUCCUCUGGCGCUUUGGAAAAGAACAACAGUGGCGUGCUGAAGCCUCAGAUCGAUUUCCAUUAGGCCACAUGCUCACGUCUCGAGAUGAAACAUCCAAAGAUUUGCAGAGUCUUUGCUUCACCGCCCCAUUUGGCGGCUCCUCAAUCAGCUCUAUCAAUGGGAUGGGUAUAUUCUUUGACAAGGCCGGUGCACAAUCUACAACGCCCACCGCUUUUAUCCAUUUCUUGCAAAAGUUCCACACCACCUGCGAAGUGGCCAUCUUUUUCCACCUGCGGCCCUUGCCAAUUCCGUCUGUUCCAAUUGAGGAUCGUUAUUCAGUAACGAGAUGCUUUAUUGGUACCCCAGGCGAGAAGAAGCUGCCAAUGCAAAGUUGGUUCCGCCUCGUCAUUCGCCAUGGGUACACGGAUGUGGUCGUUACUCGCGAUCUGGGCGUGCUUGUGUUCGAUCAAAUCCGCAACUUCAUAAUACGUGAAGGUGUCGAAAAAGGUGGCAAAAAUGCUGCCAGGACAAUACAUGACUCCUGCCAAGCCCAGCCAACCCGUGCCUGUACAACCGAAUCUGCACAGCGCCACAACUCCAUCAAACCAUCCUCUGAGCAGAUGCACAUGUCAGAGAAGCUAGCCAACCUACAGAGAGCCUAUGAGAACCAGGUGGUUUAUAUAGUGGGCAAAGAACAGAUGCGUAUUACUGAAGGUACCCCACUAUUCCGCCGAAUUGCUCUGAACGCUUUUCUCUGGCUCAGAGAUAAUACAAGAAGCAAGGUACAAGCACUGAAUCUAGCGGUGGACAAACUGAUCGAGGUUGGUUUUGUCAAGGAAGUGUGA